CACGCGCUUUGAAAGCGCGGGUCAAAAUCUAGUUACUUACUUAUAGAAAUAACUUGCCAUUUGGUUAAUCUUAAACCCAGCUUUCAAAUUGGUUCAAGCUCCAAAAUACAAAAAGACACAAUGAAUAAGAAGGCAUCUGUGACUCUGCUUUACUGCCACUUUGUCUCCAUAUACAUAACAUGGAAGUCCAAUAUCAUGCCUGACCAUUUUUAUUAUAUGUUCAUUGAUUCUUAGAUUAUCGUGUGAUGGUUUCUUCAAUGGUUUCAUUAAAUAAAAUAUAAUAACAACUUGAUUUCAUUGGUUUGAUUCGUUUUUUUUUACCCACCCUUGUUACACACACAAACCAUGUGGUGAUAUUUUUAGUAACUGAAAACCAGAAUAUCACUAUAACUACAGUUAAGUAAAUUGAAAACAUAAAAUUUCCACGAACUAUUCCACUAUUUUCUGUUGUUCCCAUCACCCCCAUUUAUUCCGGGCCGGAAUCUCUGGCAAAAGAACACUGAAAGCGACACCUCUAGACUAUUUUUGCAAAUCUCAACCAUAUAAAACAGAAAGCUUUCUGCCAUUUAGUUAUAUUAAAUUUUCAAAAUCGUCGAAUUUAUUGAAUCUUUUUCCCAGUUCACAAGGAUUUAUUUCUGUUUUGGGAUUUUUAGUCACUCACUAAUAGUGAGGUAUAAGUUUUCGUUCUUGCCCAAAAAAAAAAGUUUUCGUACCUGUUAAAGAUGUGAAAUGUUUGUGAAAUUUCAUAUUUUUGGAAGUUUUUGAAUUCAUAUUUACUUUAAAUCAAUUUCAUGAGAUUUGGUUAUAUGUUCUUCUAGUUUUUUCUUUAGUUUUGUAUAUAAGAUUUAAAAUCAAAUUCUAUUUCCCUGCGUCAUCUUGUGAAACACAGCCACAAAUUAGAAUCUUGUAUCAUAAAUAAAACGUGUUUAUUUAAUUUAUAAAUAUUGGAUUUACGAUCCAAACUAUAAUAAGACGGAGAUGUAUAGCACAAUUUAUAUACAUGCAAGGGCAGAAUAAUAGGCACGGUUCAGAUGUACGUAGAUACAGAUCAUCGUGUAGCUGAUGAAUGAGUGAAUUACGUACAUAUACAUUCAAAUAUUCUCGUCCACGAUGGAAAUUAUUCUACGUCUUUCGGUCUCGGUAAUUUUUCUCUGUUUUGGUCUUGUAAACGGUCAAAACUUCAGCGUACUCGAUUUUGAUGCCACCGGAGAUGGUCAAACUGAUGAUUCAAACGCUUUUGUGAAAACGUGGAACGCUGCUUGUGGCGGAGGAGGAGACAUAAGCAUACUUCUUAUUCCUGCUGGGAGAACAUUUUUAAUUCAACCUAUUGUGUUCAAUGGUCCAUGUAGGUCUAGCAAUACAAAAGUUCAGUUGGAAGGCAUCAUUGUAGCACCUAGCAACAAAGAAGCAUGGUCCAACCCCAAUUCUCGAAUGUGGAUCAAAUUUUCCGCGGUGCUUGGUCUAGUGAUUGUUGGUUCAGGAACGAUUAAUGGUCGUGGUUCAUCCUUUUGGGAACAACAUUUGAAAGCUUCUCAACGACCUACAUCAUUGCAUAUUAGCAAAUGUGACAACUUAAUUAUAAGCGGAAUAACCUCGAUCGAUAGUCCAAAAAACCAUAUAUCAAUCGCCGCAUGCACAAAUGUUGUAGUGUCGAAUAUAGGUCUAUUUGCACCCGAGGAUAGUCCCAACACAGAUGGGAUUGAUAUAAGUCGGUCGACUAACGUCAACAUAUUUGACUCUACGAUUCAAACUGGAGAUGAUUGUAUAGCAAUCAACACUGGGAAUACAAAUAUCAACAUUACAAGGAUUAAUUGUGGACCUGGUCAUGGAAUAAGUGUGGGAAGUUUAGGAGUCAAUGGAGGCAGCGCUGCAGUUAGUGAUGUUCAAGUGACUCAAUGCACUUUCAAUCAGACAAUGAAUGGAGCUAGAAUCAAGACAUGGCCGGGUGGACAAGGGUAUGCAAGAAACAUAAGCUUUGAAAACAUCACACUCAUUAACGCAAAAAAUCCAAUUAUAAUUGAUCAACAAUAUAUAGAUAAAGGGCGUGUUUACUCUGCAGAGAAAUCAGCUGUGGCGAUUAGCAAUAUAAAAUUUAUUGAUUUUCGUGGAACGACGUUGAAAAAGAAUGCUAUAAAGAUUGAUUGUAGUGCAACCACACGUUGUAAAGAUGUCCUCAUGAAUGGAAUCAAUAUUACCAUGGCAGAUGGAAAACAGCCUAGAGUUGAUUGCAAAAAUGUCGAUGGAAAAUCUGAAGACACUAUUUUGACGCAUGACUGUUUUGAAAAUAUUUAACUUUUUAUUAUAUUAACUAGGCUUGACAAGGAACCGGGAUUUGAAAUGGAAAACACUACAAGGUAGAAGGAAACGUGGGUCUACUCGCUAAACUACUUUCUCAUUUCAUCUAUGGUGUUACUAAUCUUUGCCUAAGAUGUUUCAUACGUAUUAGAUUUUAGCUAUCAUGAAGAAUGUUCAUGCAAGCUUUAUCCCGCUAUAAAGUUUGAUAGAAUUAUCAUGUAAACACUUGUGUUAUUUAAAUAUAAAAGUUUUU